CACGGCCCUGUACACGCCGUUUGCACUUAAAUGAAAAAAAUUAGGAUUGGUUUACACACGCCACACAAACACGCUAUUUUCUUCUCUCUUCCUCCCCUGCGCGACCAGCAACCUGCGAGCAACCAGGCGCACGUUUUCUUCCAUUUUUUUCGGCGGCUUUAUUCAAAUCCUCUCCCCUCUUCAUCCUCAGUCAAGAUGGCACGAACUAAAAAGUCUGCCAAGGGCUCUAGAGACACAGCCGGAGAUAGCAAUGGCGGUACUGCCUCUGCUGCUAGGGAGACCCAUGAGAUUCAGACCCAUAAGGCCUUAUAUAAUUUGUACCUCAAGGAGUCCUUAGCGCAGGUCGGGCUCAAGGAACAAGUUUUUCGCUUGCUACGACGUCCUUGGUGGCAGCAUUUAUUUUUUGGUAUUCGUGAGCCAACUUACCUAGAGCUUACUUGAGUGCUAUCUUCAAUGAAAGUCAAGAAAGUCAUAGAGAACGGUUUUCCGACUUUUAGUACUCCUUUCUCCAUCAGCACUGACCAGUUAGCCAAAUACUUGGGGUUCCAGUUCAGUACAAGCGAUUUGAGGCAAGUUGGGCCAGAGCUUGUCAAGCUUCCCUCAUAUGUUAAUCGUGCUCAAUUUUGGAGACCUAUCACGGCUGACCAAGCAAAGCUCAGAGCACCCAAUUACACCCUCCCGAGCUACGAGUAGUCCAUCAUCUCCUCGCAUCUUCGAUUACAGGACGUUUUGAAGGGGGUAGUCCAUCAUCUCCUCGCAUCUUCGAUUACAGGACGUUUUGAAGGGGGUAGUAUUGUUAUUACCACCAAUGUCCUAUGUUUCUAUUGCAUUCAAAAGGACAGAGGCAGGGGCGGAUCUGGUAUAGGACCAGAGAGGGCCCAAGCCCACACUCAACAAAAAAAUUUACUAGUAUAUAUAUGUAUAUUUUAUAUAGUGUUUUGGAGAAAUAGUAUAAAAACAAGGAAAGCCAAAAUGUUAGCACUAGCCAUUUUGGUGUGACUGAACUCACGGAAGUCACCACGCAUGCAGCACAAACGUCAUGUGUUCCAUUCCCAUGGGAAUCAUAGUUUUUAUUUUUUAAAUUUCUGUUGGAGAGAGC